AUGAGUGCUCGUCCUGUCAAUCUAAGAGACAAUGCGACGAUAAAUGCCGCUACCCGACAGGGUAUAGAAAUUCAGACAGAGAAGAAAUGGGCUGCCGGUUCAAACAAGCAGCAUGCAAAUCCCAAAAAUAUAAGUAAACUAGAUGAGGAAACCGAAGAUUUCCAUCAUGCUACGAUUUCUCUCGAUGUUGGACGGCUGAUUAUGCAAGGCAGACAAGACGCUAAUCUCACUCAGAAAGAACUCGCUACAAAAAUCAAUGAGAAGCCUCAGAUUAUUGCUGAGUAUGAACAAGGAAAGGCGAUUCCUAACCAAACCAUCCUUACUAAGCUGGAGCGUGCCCUUGGAAUCAAACUCCGCGGAAAGGAUAAAGGCGCUCCUCUUAAUAAAGGGCCAAAGAAAUAG